GAAGAAUUCUCCCUUCUCUUCUUUCUCUGUCAGACCAAGGCUGAUUUCCUGGGCUGAAGGUAUGGCACUGAGAAGACUUCUGCUCCUUUUGGCAGGUUUGGCCCAAAUCUGUGGAACUUGUCAUUUAAGUUCCCGGGGGAAGAGUUUUGUUACUGCCUUCAUGCAAAAUCACAAUCCUGGGCAACCUACGCAAAAGCUUGAGCUGUACAUCUCUGGAUAUAAUUUUGUGACAAAUAUUAAGGUGACAACAAGCAAUACAAUACUGCACAAAACCAUCAAUGAAGGAGAAGUCAUUUCCAUUCCAUUACCACAGUCCUUAGAAAUGGUGGGGAGUGACAAAUUUAAUAAGGCGGUGCUGAUUGAAGCUGACCAAGACAUUUCUGUCAUCUCCUACAACUACUUGCCUAGAACAAAUGAGGGAACAAUCACCUAUCCCAUCCAGCAGCUGGGACAGUUAUAUUAUGUGGUCACUCCCAUAGGAAAUGGCGCAAAAGAAUUUGCUAUCAUAGCCCAUGAGGUUCUCACAAACGUGACCAUCCACCUGAAAGGCACUGUGACAUACAAAAGCAAGGUUUAUGGUCCUGGGUCCAUCUUGAUGACUGACCUCAAGGCCUUUGAAGCAAUUCAGCUGCAAAGCACAGAAGAUUUAUCAGGCACCAGGAUCGAAUCGACUAAACCUGUGGCUGUCUUGAGUGGACAUACCUGUGUUUACAAGUUCACAACCUGUGAUCAUGUUGUUGAGCAGCUCCUGCCAGUUCAGAGCUGGGGAACCACCUUCAUCGUCCCUCCUGUUCCUUUCCAGACACAAUAUGAUAUUGCGUAUAUUGUUUCUGCAGAGAACACUUUACUCAAAUAUCAAUCCAGCUCCAGGAAAGGAUCUCGUACUCUGGUGGCUGGAGAAGUGGUUCAACUUGAGAUCCCGGCCUCUCAACCACUUUUUAUCUCUGCUAAUGCUAGAAUCCAAGUCGUGUUUUUUUUUCACUGGUGCCAAAAGAGGAGACGGUUACUAUGAACCUUUCCUCAUGAACAUCCCUGCCAUAACAUGCUACUGCAAUUCAUACCGUAUUUAUGGAAUGAAAAACUUCACAAAUCAUGCCAUGAUUAUAGCCAAAUCCUCAGAAUCUGGUAGGAUCACAAUGGAAGGCAGGACGAUCCGGUGGACACAGAUCCCAGGCACAAAAUAUUCAUGGGCUGAAGAAGAUGUGGAGAUAACAGAUCAUGCCCUGUCAGUGGAACACGAGAACUCUCCAUUUGGACUUUUUGUCUUUGGAGGUGGAAAAUCUGAUGGCUACGGCACUGCUGCUCUUUGUUCUUCAGUCCGGAUAUCCUGCCCUGAGAACAGCCACUAUGAAACCUGUGGAAAUGCCUGUCCAGCCACCUGCUCUGACCGUUCUGCUCCCAGCACCUGUAACAACACCUGUGCGCAAAUCUGCCAGUGUGACAAAGGCUUUGUCCGCAGCGGUGAGAAGUGCGUUCCGGUAGACACCUGCAAUUGCAUUUACCAAGGCGUGACCUAUAAGGCAGGGGAAGAUUUCUGGGGAGAUGAAGACUGCCAGAGUCAUUGCAAGUGUGAUGCCAAAUUAGGCAAGGCUGUAUGCCAAAAGUCUUCUUGCAAGGGCAAGACAAAAUGCAGCGUGGUCAAUGGUGUCCGGGGAUGCCAUGCUGUCACUUACAAGACCUGCAUAGGAACCGGAGACCCUCACUAUACAACCUUUGAUGGGAAGAAAUACGAUUUCAUGGGAACCUGCAUUUACCAAAUGGCCGGGCUCUGUUCCCAAGAUCCUUCUUUGACCCCGUUUUUGGUCACCGUGGAGAAUAACCACCGAGGCAACAAGGCAGUGUCCUUCACCAAAGUGGUGACCCUGGAAAUCUACAACUUUACCAUCAGUAUGAGCCAAGAGUUUCCCAAAAAGAUCCAGGUCAAUGGCAAGUUUGUGGAACUGCCCUUCUCCUAUGAAAAUAAACUGAGCAUCUACCAGAGUGGAGUUCAUGGCUUCAUCAAGACAGACUUUGAUCUGCGUGUCAGCUUUGACUGGUACAGCUAUGCCAGGGUCAUCGUUCCCGACUCUUAUGCCAAUGCACUCUGUGGCCUUUGUGGUAAUGCCAAUGAAGAUCAAAAUGAUGACUUUCUCAUGAAAGAUGGAAACCAAGCAGAGGAUGAAAUUCAAUUUGCAAACAGCUGGAAAGUGAAAGAUAUUCCUGGCUGCUCUUCUGGAUGCACCCAAAAUUGCCCAGUGUGCAGUGAUGCUGAUAAACAAACCUACCAAGGUCCAUCCUACUGUGGGAUUCUUACAAAAAAGAGUGGGCCUUUCAGGCAAUGCCAUGAUGCCAUUGAUCCUCAGCCUUACCUUGAUGAUUGUGUCUAUGAUACCUGUGCAUAUCAUGGUAACCAUGAGGCCCUCUGUAUUGCCAUCAGCUCCUACGUGACAGCAUGUCAAGCUCAAGGGAUCCAAGUUGAGGAGUGGAGAUCACCAUCCUUCUGCAGUAUGUCUUGCCCACCUAACACCCACUAUGAGCUCUGUGGCAGUGGUUGUCCAGCCACGUGCAAGAGCCUCAUCUCACCGCAGAAGUGUGAUGUUCCAUGCCUGGAAGGAUGUUUUUGUGACUCUGGAUCUAUCCGCAGUGGGGAUCAGUGUGUUUCAAAUGCAAACUGUGGCUGUUUUGACCAAGGCCGAUACUACAAACUGGGAGAAGAGUUUUAUCCCACCACUUCCUGCCAGAAAAAGUGCAUCUGCAAGGAUAACACAAUCAUAGAAUGUCAAAAGUUCUCUUGUGAAGAAAAUGAGGAAUGCAAGAUUGUAAAAGGGGUUCAAGGCUGCCACCCCAUCGGCUAUGAAAAGGCCAUUGUAUUGGGUGACCCUCAUUUAAUUUCCUUUGAUGGAAAACAUUUUGAACUCUACGGCUCCUGUACUUACACCUUAGCUCAAGUCUGCCAGCACAAUCCUCAGCUCCAGAACUUCAUUGUGUGGGUAGAGAAUGAGAAGCUUGGUGAUGGUCCUUUAAUUCUAAUCCGGAAUCUGAAGGUCCUCAUUCAUGGUUCCAAAAUCACCCUUCAGAGGGGACUAAAGUGGCAGGCCAUGGUGGAUGGGCAGUUGUAUACCCUGCCAAUGAAUGCAGCUGAUGGGAAAUUCUGGAUCACCCAAGAAGGGAACAACAUCAUUAUCUAUACAACCUUUGGCCUCUCAGUCCUAUAUGAUACUUCUUCAUAUAUUCAGGUUUCUGUGCCCAGUACUUACAUGGGUCAUAUGUGUGGCCUAGCUGGAAACUUCAAUGGGGAUCCGAAGGAUGACUUCAUGCUACCUAAUGGAAAACUCACUGAAAAUGUGGAAGAAUUUGUGGCUUCUUGGAAGGUCCCAGUGAAUGGUGUAAUUUGUUCUGAUGGCUGUGGGGACAGGUGUCCCAUCUGCAACAAAACCCAGAAAACAAAAUAUGAAGCUGAGAACUUCUGUGGAAUGAUCCCAUCCAAGACAGGUCCAUUCGUAGGCUGCCAUUCACUGGUGGACCCUGCAGAAUAUUUUGAGCACUGUUUGAAUGAGGCCUGCACAACCAAUGAGGUUCAAGAGUCCCUUUGUCGAAGUCUUCAAGCCUAUGUAGCUGCUUGCCAGGCAUCUGGUGCCAACAUUAGAGCCUGGAGAAGCUCUUCCUUCUGCCCUCUUACCUGUCCGGCCCACAGCCACUAUGAGCCAUGUACCAGAACUUGUGAUUCCACCUGUGCCGCCUUGUCUAGUCUAAGUCAGUGUUCAGAGAACUGCUUUGAAGGCUGUCAGUGUGAUGAGGACUAUGUCUUUGAUGGAUCUCAGUGUGUAACCAUGAAGCAAUGUGGCUGCACAUAUCGCGGAGCCUACCUCAAGAUUGGCGAGCACAUUUACUCGAAAGGCUGCACAAAAAAAUGCACCUGCCAGUCAGCAGGCCACCUCCAGUGCAACGAAAGCAGCUGCCAGCUUGGAGAGACCUGUGCCCUUCGGGAAGGCAUGCCUGGCUGCUUGACGCUGGAAGCUCAAUGCCAACUCACUGCCCAAGCGCGGCUCACUUCUUUCGAUGGUGCCACGGGGAGAUAUUCCUGCAGUGGAGUCUACGAAAUAGCUUCUCUUUGUGACCAGAACUCUGCCUCCUGGUUCAGGCUGUUAGUGAGCGUUGGAAAAGUGUAUACGAAGGAGAUGGUGGUUGGAAAAUCUGUCUUCUUUUACUUUCGAGGUGGCUUCAUCAAGAUAAUAAACCGAGAAAAGUUUUGGGUAAACGGUCAGCAUAUAAAGCUGCCAUAUGAGAACAGCCCUGUGUCCAUGAGGAAAAUUGAAGAUAAAAUUGUUAUUGACCAUGAUUCUGAAGUGCAAGUUUAUCUCCAUCCUGAUGGGAUGGUGACAAUGACAGCCAAGGAGAGCCUCAGAGGGAAGCUGUGUGCCGCCUGUGGAAACUUCAACAAGGACCAUUUGGAUGACUUGAAGCUGGCCAGUGGACAGAGAACAAAUAAUUUUGAUGAAGUACUCAAGUCCUGGAGGCGGAAGAUUUUCUUGAAAAUUGCUUCUAGAUUGUUCCAUCUGUCCUUCUGAUCUGAUGUAACAAACUACAGCAAAGCACAAGGGAAGCCCAACAUUUUGUCUAGCAUAUGGUCAAAUACUUUUUUAGGAAAAAACCGCAUCCUUGAUAUCCCAAAGUUUCAUCUUCUCUGAUCUAGGUAGAUCAGAUCAGGAAAUCACAAGAAAGCUGAAACCACUAUUAUUGAGAAUGGCUAUAGUAGUAGAAUCUUGCAAAUCUGACUCUGUUCUACAUCCUCCUUAUACUCCAGGGAAUUAGAGAUGUCUGCCUGAGAUACUUUAGAAUGUAAUCUUCCUGCUCAGGACUUCAUCUCCUUUUCCGUAGGUUAACAAUUCCAUAUAUCUCUGUCAAGAUUAUCUUCCUUGCUCUCCACAUCAUGCGCCUUAGCUGCAAGAAUGCAUUUGUUUAUGGUUGAAUAUAUUGUGCAAAUACAGAAAAUGAAAUAAUCCAGUAAAGAAGUUAAAUGUUU